AUGGCGCAUCAUCUUUGGAAAGCUGUCGGACUUUGCAGGCCGAGCGUGCAGUCCUUCAUCAGCAUCUCGAGGGUAUCUUAUUCUUCGUCACACCCAGUCGACGAAAGCACUUCCGAACUGUUGGAGAAGAAAAUAACGCGUGAUAAAAAGAGGGAGUUUCGCCGAAUGAAGCUUCUCACUGAUCCAGAAUGGACGCUCCACAUUAGGAAGAGGGCACAGAAAAAUCACACCAAAUACAGAGCGAGCCGGACCGAAGAACACUAUCAAGCGAUACUUCAACGAAAUGCUGAGGCACGGCGGACAAAGCGCGCCGAGGAUCCUGAAUUCAGGUUCAAAGAAUGGGUUUCUAGUAUCGUGAGAUCGCGUGCGUGGAUCAGGGAGCACAGAGUCCAGCAUACUUGCAGCACUUGUCUGGUCCCAAGGCUUGGAUCGGCCUAUAAAUUGUGGUGGGCUAGCCAUGACGGCAAACAUUAUCAAUGCGGCCCAUGCUAUCUCAACGGCUCGAAUAUAAUGCCUGAAGGCUAUGAGGACGUGUCAUCGAUGGCAGAGCUCAGAAAACGGAUGGACGAGCUAGGACAUUGA